CAGCCUCGGGGGGGGCGGACAAGACGACUUUUCCUUGUCUGGGACAAGUAAGCUCAACAAUAAACAAUGGCUCCUCUCAUCAUUGCACCCUGGGGGCCUGGGCUGCUAUGAGCCCAAGCUAACUUAGAGUAGCUAACCUUACCGGGACAUCCACACAAGUCACCGCCCACCAAUGAUACCGACGUUGGCUGCAUCCAAUAUUUGGCACCGGCCUUCAGCUGAAGGCCUGGCGUGACCGGGGUGUCACAGAGCCUCACGCAGCGGGUGCUCAAAAGCGGAACGCAGCCGUUGCUGCUCGCCCAGUUCCCCAGCUUCCCCAUGCAUCCUUCCCCUGCUGCUGCUGGAGAGGGAAAACGUGCGCUGGUGAGAUCGACAGAAGCUCAUUUGUUUGCUUGCCUGUUGAUCCCUACGGCGAACCUCCUCAGCAUCCUUUCUCCGCAGCAAAAGCAUGAGAAAGACCGUCGGCUGCGCAGCCUUGAGCUGCGCGCUAAGUCUCGCUGGUGCCAAAGCCGUGAAGUGGCUAGACAACAAUCCGAGAUGGGAACCACCCGCGCAGACUCAGCUUGACUACUUGCCCGAGCUGGGCCGGGUAUCGGCCAUGGGAACGCCAGCUCCAACACCUGCGCCGAAACCUUCCAAGGCCAGAGGAGUGUUGGAGGUUCGUGACUCGACAGACAAUACGUGCGGAUAUGUAGAGGGCGAAUUCACACGGUCGCUUUGGUGCGGCGCCACGACUUCUCACUGCGUGUACAACUCGAGGCACUCCCAUCUUGGAUGCUGCAAUGACAAGACGACGAGUUCCUGCUUCGUCCCGACGACAUGCUACGACUCGACCGAGAGCGCCAGUUACAGCACAGACAACGGUUUCACUCUCUGGUGCGGCAACGAGGAGUACCCUCACUGCAAAAAGUACACCUACGAAGACGCCGUUUUUACUGGCUAUACCUUGUACGGGUGUGCCGUGGCCGCCGGCACAUCUCCGAUCUACUACGAAGCCUUCGACGGCCCGACCACCACAGGAGGACGGCGGUCCUCCACCUCCACUCCCCCUAGAAUCACUGACGACCCCACGAGCAGCACCCGCGGAGGAGCCGGCAGCAGCACCGGCAGGAGCGGCAGCAGUACCGGCAGCAGCGACAGAACGAGCGCCAGCAGCACUACCAGCACCUCAACAGCCACCCCCAUCCCCGACCCGGCCCCCGCCUCGUCGACUCCCACCGGUCCAAUUGUGGGCGGCGUGGUUGGCGGUGUGGGAGCAGUCGCUCUGAUCAUCCUCGGCAUCUGGGCCUUGAUGCGCCAGAACGAUAAGCAGAAAAAGAAGGCCGCCGAAGCCGACGCAGCUGCCGCUGCCGCUGUAGGAGCUGCCCACCAACAACAACAACACCCGCCUCCAGGCCCUCCGGGCCCUCCCAACAUGGCCUAUGCCCAGCCGCCGCCCCCCGACCCGGGCAUGACAAAGAUCGACCCCAACCAGCACGGCGGUUACUACAACCCCUCCGUUGUAGGGGGCUUCGACCCGCGCGCGAGCAUCGCUCCGACUACUAUUUCGCCACCGCAGAGCCCACCGCCACAGAGCCCACCGCCGCCGCACCACAGCACGCCGUCGCCGCCUCCACCUAACCAGCAAGGAUUCGCGCAGCAGCAGCAGCAGCAGCAGGGGUAUGCUGCGUAUGGGAACGUAAACCCGAGUAAUCCGGGCGAGCAGCAGCAGCAGUAUGGAAAUGUCUCGCCUAGCGGGACGACGAUCUCCGGUAACAUGGGCUAUCAGCCCUAUCAUCCGGGUGCUCAGCAGCAGCAUCCUGGGCAGCAGCAAGGGUAUCCCGCGAAUGUGCAUGAGUUGCCUGUGCACAGGGGGGAUGGGGAGUUGAGGGAGUUGCAGGGUUGAGUGUAAAUGUGUUGGCGAUUGUCGGGGAGGGGGAGAUUGAACGGGAGUGGUAAUGAUAUUGGAAACAGAUAGUGGUGAAUACUUAAGUCGAAGGAUUGAUGAUGGAUAUGACAUUGCUCCUAUAAUGCGUCAGAAGGGGUUUUGCGAACUCAGAGUCUGUAUUCGUUCGGUCGAUGCGUCAUGGUGGCGGUGCUCUCUCGCGCGGGUGCCAACCAACAAGAAGUUUAACUCGACAAGUGUAUCGCUGGCCUCGCUCAGAGCUUGCUUCUCCUCCACUUGGCGUACGGGUGCUCCUCGCUGAUACUGUCGGGUACG